AUGCAGGUUGACCUACACUUCAUGAAAAAGAUACCUCCUGGGGCUGAAGCUUCGAACAUUUUAGUUGGGGAACUAGAGUUCCUGGAUCGUGCUGUAGUUGCUUUUGUUAGAUUGUCCCCUGCAGUAUUGCUUUCUGGGCUAGCUGAAGUUCCAAUUCCGACAAGGUUUUUGUUUAUUCUUUUGGGACCACUGGGAAAAGGCCAGCAGUAUCAUGAGAUUGGGAGAUCAAUUGCAACACUAAUGACAGAUGAGGUAUUUCAUGACGUAGCUUAUAAAGCUAAAGAUCGUAAUGACUUGGUUUCUGGAAUUGAUGAGUUUCUUGAUCAGGUUACAGUUCUCCCUCCUGGAGAAUGGGACCCAACAAUUCGAAUAGAGCCACCCAAAAAUGUUCCUUCUCAGGAGAAACGUAAGAUCCCAGGAGUGCCAAAUGGGACAGCAGCUCAUGGGGAUCCAGAACCACUUGGAGGGCAUAGUGGACCAGAAUUGCAACGGACUGGAAAAGUUUUUGGAGGACUGAUUAUGGACAUCAAAAGAAAAGCUCCCUUCUUCUGGAGUGACUUCAGGGAUGCUUUCAGCCUACAAUGUCUUGCAUCAUUUUUGUUUCUCUACUGUGCUUGUAUGUCUCCUGUCAUCACCUUUGGUGGUCUGCUGGGAGAAGCAACUGAAGGUCGUAUAAGUGCAAUAGAAUCUUUGUUUGGAGCAUCCAUGACUGGAAUAGCCUACUCGCUCUUUGGUGGACAGCCUCUUACAAUACUAGGCAGCACAGGACCAGUUUUGGUGUUUGAAAAGAUAUUAUUCAAAUUUUGCAAAGAGUAUGGGUUGUCAUACCUUUCUUUGAGAGCCAGCAUUGGACUAUGGACUGCAAUUUUAUGCAUCAUCCUUGUUGCAACUGAUGCAAGCUCCCUAGUUUGUUACAUUACCCGGUUUACUGAAGAAGCUUUUGCUUCUCUUAUCUGCAUCAUUUUCAUUUAUGAGGCCUUAGAGAAGCUAUUUCAUCUCAGUGAAACAUAUCCAAUCGACAUGCAUAAUGAUUUGGAUCUGCUGACUCAAUACUCAUGCAGUUGUAUGGAGCCAGAAAAUCCUAGCAAUAAAACCUUGCAAUACUGGAAGGACUACAAUAUCUCUGCAUCUGAUGUACCAUGGGGGAACGUAACUUUGUCAGAAUGUAACAAGUUUCAUGGGGAGUUUGUUGGACGGGCCUGUGGACAUCAUGGACCUUAUGUUCCGGAUGUUCUCUUCUGGUCAGUCAUCCUAUUCUUUUCUACAGUAAUGCUAUCAUCCACACUGAAGCAGUUCAAGACUAGCAGAUAUUUUCCAACAAAGGUGCGAUCUAUAGUCAGUGACUUUGCCGUCUUUCUUACUAUUCUGUCUAUGGUCUUACUUGACUAUGCCCUUGGAAUUCCAUCUCCAAAGCUUCAAGUUCCAAAUGCCUUCAAGCCUACCAGAGAUGAUCGGGGCUGGUUUGUCACCCCUUUGGGACCUAAUCCUUGGUGGACUGUGUUAGCUGCCAUAAUUCCAGCUUUGCUUUGUACUAUCCUUAUCUUUAUGGACCAGCAGAUUACAGCCGUUAUUAUCAACAGAAAAGAACACAAACUAAAGAAAGGGUGUGGAUAUCAUCUCGACUUGUUGAUGGUGGCAGUCAUGCUCGGAGUAUGCUCCAUUAUGGGACUGCCAUGGUUUGUUGCUGCCACUGUGCUCUCUAUUUCCCAUGUGAACAGCUUAAAAUUAGAAUCGGAAUGCUCUGCUCCAGGAGAGCAGCCCAAGUUUCUUGGAAUACGGGAGCAGAGAGUUACAGGGCUCAUGAUAUUUGUCCUUAUGGGCUCAUCGGUCUUUUUGACAAGUGUUCUUAAGUUUAUUCCUAUGCCAGUGCUCUAUGGAGUCUUUCUUUACAUGGGUGCUUCAUCUCUGAAGGGAAUUCAGCUCUUUGAUAGAAUAAAGUUAUUCUGGAUGCCAGCAAAGCAUCAGCCAGAUUUUAUUUAUCUGAGGCAUGUUCCUCUUCGAAAAGUCCAUCUCUUCACUGUAAUUCAGCUGACCUGUCUUGUACUCCUGUGGAUUAUAAAGGUUUCAAGAGCUGCUAUAGUCUUCCCCAUGAUGGUUUUAGCAUUGGUGUUCGUCAGAAAACUCAUGGAUUUCUUUUUUACCAAACGGGAGCUCAGCUGGUUGGAUGAUUUGAUGCCUGAGAGCAAGAAAAAGAAACUGGAGGAUGCUGAAAAAGAGGAAGAACAAAGUAUGUUAGCAAUGGAAGAUGAGGGAACAGUUCAGUUACCAUUAGAAGGACAUUACAGAGAUGAUCCAUCUGUAAUAAACAUUUCUGAUGAAAUGGCAAAAACUGCUGUGUGGAAGACCCUGCUGAUAUCUUCAGAGAAUGCAAAGGAUAAGGAGUCAAGCUUUCCCUCUAAAAGUGCUGAAAUCAGAAGAGAGAAGAAAGCUGACUCAGGGAAAGGUGUUGACCGGGAGACUUGUCUAUGACUUGUUCUUCAAUUUAUUUUUACAAAAUGAAUGAAAGGAGUGCCACAAUCAUUAAUAUAACUGAUUUGACCAUGCAUUGUAAAUUUUGUCUUUCAUCCCAGACUAGCACAGGUAAUGUGAGUAGUGCAAUAUUUGUUUCAUUUCACGGUUGUCUAAAUGUCUACACAGUCAAAUAUCUGUGUAAAAAAAAUCUACUGUAGCCAUUGCAAAAAUCUUCACUUUACUUGCUGGGUAUUGGCCAUUUAAUCAGUAUGGAUUUCAUGCCAUCAAUUUAGUAAGCAAAGUUUCUUGCAAAUUUUAUUUAAUUGCUAGUAGGCUUGUACUGUAUUUUACUACUUUACCUGUGUGCAAAUCCUGAAUAUCAUAAUUUCAUUCAAGACUAACUUGAAACAGAGACUCAAUUCUUUUUUUAUUUUUACAACUUAGCUCUAAUGAUUUAAGGAGACCCAAAUUAACAAGUAAGAACCAAUUGUAAAGAUAUUUUUAAAAUAAUGAUUGGCCUGACCCUGCAACCAUGAAUUAGGAUAUUCCUCACCCAUGGGAGUUGUCCCAGUGAAAUCAAGGAUUACUCAUGUGAAUGAGGAUUGCAGGAUCACAUCCUAUAUUUGUGCAGUUUUCCUUGAUUUAAUACUGAAUAUUUAAUAUUCAAUUUUUUACAUAAGUGGAACCACAAAGUCAUAUCCUAUAUAUAUGUUCUUGCACCUUGUUUGAAAAAUCACAUCCGUUGAUGUGAAAUAUUCAUACAGUAUUUGCUAAAAAUGCAAGCUGUGAUUACAAUAUCCAAUAAUGUACUGUAUUAAAUGUUGCUGUGGUAGGUCAAACCUGCAGUAUAAUGUUAAUGAACCCAUUAUUUUAUAUUAGUGGGAGUUUUGUAGAUAUAAAGCUUUACCAGAAAUAUGCAGUUUUUGACCCUUCCAAUGGUGAUCAGUUAUUUCUAGUUUACAACCUAAUAUACCACCCACAAAAUUACACAUUAAAUUGCAUAUUUAUUCUUCUACUAGCAAUCAUGUAUUUCUCUACUCUAGAGAUGAAUAAUGUAUUAGAGACUUAGAGGUGUCCUCCUGUUAUUUUUGUUACAGGCAGUUUUCACUCUUCCAUUAAAUGCAUGUUGAUUAAAAAUAAAGCUCAACAUUGCAAAUUAAGACAUGGCUUAAAGCCAUUACAAGUAAGUCUUUCCAGUACAUACCAAACAGAUUUUGUUAUGGACCCGAUUCUUACUCAAGCCAAAUUUCUGUGUAAACAAGGACUGCAAGAUCAGGCUUUCAAAGCAUUAUUCAGAAGUCACUAUUUUUACUUUUUUAUUUUUUUAAAGCAAAUUUUAAAAUGAUUAAGGAAUUCUAAGUCCUAGGAAUGAGGCAACAGUCUUGCAGUCUCUGCAGUAAUUAAUUUACAGGGCUUUAAGAUUUCUUAGUUUUUCCAUUAUACUAAUAAUCUCUUCAUGGAGCUGACAGGAAUGAUUUUUUCAUAGCCAAUGUGGUCAACACAUUAAAACAUUCCUUUAACUCUGUUUUUACUAAUUCAGCCACUGCAGAAAAGACU